AUGUUUUACUUGUCAGUAUUCUUACUUAUUGCUAGUAUUCUUGCCUCUUCUCCAACUGGUGGGUAUGCUCCAGGUUCAGUUACAUGUCCUUCUGGUUCAUUAACUAGAAAAGCUAUUGGACUUUCACCAAAGGAAGUCAGUUGGGUUGAAGGUAGAAAAACUAAUACUAAUGCAGCAUUAGCUACUUUCCUUGAAAAUGCCAAUUUAACUGACUUUGAUGUCCAAGACUUCUUAAGUUCAAAUUCUCCAACUAUUGGUUUAGCCUUUAGUGGUGGUGGAUAUCGUGCCAUGUUGACAGGAGCUGGAGAAUUGGCUGCUUUAGAUUCCAGAACUAAUAGUGCCAACAAUGGAUUGAAAGGGUUAUUACAAGCCUCUACAUAUAUCUCUGGAUUAUCAGGAGGUAGUUGGUUAGUAGGAUCAAUUGCUUUGAAUGAUUUCAUUUCUGUUGAUCAGAUUCUUUCUGAAAAUGUUCUUUGGGAUUUAGAUAGUUCUAUAUUAGAUCCAGAUGGAGCUAAUGUUAUAUAUGAUAGUGCUUAUUGGGCUACUAUAUCUGCUGAAAUUGCGGCCAAACAAUUAGCUGGAUUUAAAGUUACCAUAACUGAUUUAUGGGCUAGAACUUUAUCGUACCAAUUAUUAACUCAAUCUAAUCCUAAUGAUGGAGCUUCCUUAACCUUUUCUGAUAUUUCUACUUUUGAUUCAUUCACAUCUCAACAAUUCCCAUUCCCAAUUAUUGUAUCUGAUGGUAGAUCUCCAAACACUCUUGUUCUUGAUACUAAUUCCACUAUUUUUGAAUUUAAUACUUUUGAAUUUGGUUCAUGGGAUCCAACUAUCUAUGACUUUGUUCAGACUAAGUAUCUUGGAUCUAAUUUAAAGAAUGGUAAUCCUGUGAGUCUGAAUUCUUGUGUUGAAGGAUUUGAUAAUGGAGGAUUUAUUAUGGGUACUAGUUCAUCAUUAUUUAAUGAAGUGUUAUUAGAUGUAUCCCAAUCUGGUUUACCAUCUUUCCUUCAAACAUUAGUCAAUGAUGUUAUUAUCAACCCAGUCAGUGACUUGAAUGUUGAUGUUGCCUAUUAUUCUCCAGAUCCUUUCUAUGCCAAUACAGGAGGUUUCCUUUCUGAUAUUGUUAAUAAAAUCUCUGGUGAUGAUACUCUUUAUUUAGUAGAUGGAGGUGAAGAUGGACAGAAUGUCCCAUUUGCCCCAUUGAUCCAACCUGAUAGAAAUGUCGACGUUAUUUUUGCUCAUGAUAACUCGGCUGAUACCGAUUUGAAUUGGCCUGAUGGUUCAUCAUUGGUUGCAACUUAUCAAAGACAAUUUGCACCCAUCGGAAAUGGUACGCACUUCCCCUAUGUUCCAGAUCAGAAUACUUUCCUUAAUUUAAACUUGACUUCCAAGCCUACAUUCUUUGGAUGUGAUGCUAAGAACUUAUCAAGUUUAACUAGUGAUUAUUUAGAUGUUCCAUUGGUAGUUUAUCUUGCUAAUAGACCAUUUUCUUACUGGACCAAUACUUCUACAUACAAAAUGGCCUACAGUUAUGAAGAACGUGUUGGAAUGAUUCAGAACGGGUAUGAGAUUGAAACCAGAUUCAAUACUACUUUAGAUAGUCAAUGGAGUGCCUGUGUUGGAUGUGCCAUAAUUAGAAGAUCUCAAGAAAGAGCAGGUAUUGAACAGUCUGAACAAUGUCAACAAUGUUUUGCAGAAUACUGUUGGAAUGGUGAUAUCUAUACAGGAGAAGCUCUUGGAGAAAAUUAUUCUAAUGAUGGAUUAGUUUCUGGAACUGAAUACUAUAACUCCAGUAAUGUAGCUGGUAUCAGUGAUGGAGGACUUGAUUUAUUUAAGAGAGAAUAG